AACGUUCUAUUAUCAUCGUAAAUUCCCUAUUUCAAAUAAGAAUCUUUCAAGAUGUCUCUGUAUCCGUCUCUAGAAGAUAUGAAGGUUGAUCAGAUGGCUCAAGCACAGGCUCAGCAAGCUCGCCCACAACAACCUGCACUUGGUUACCAAGUUCCUGCUUCUGUCCCAGGGGCUAGGCCAGUUGCCCCAACCAGUAGUCUCUAUCCCUCUCUUAAUGACUACAUGGGUCUUGCUGUUUCUGAGGAUGCUGUCAGGCAACAUGUGCCAGGAUAUAGCACAGCUGGUCCACUAGUUCCUAGACCACAAGCAGCUGUUGCUAUUCCACAGACCAGUGGGAUGGUUGCCCCAGUAAGUGGAGACAACAAUAUGGGCAUCCGGCGUGCAGAAAUCAAGCAAGGCAUCCGUGAGGUGAUUCUCUGCAAGGAUGGAAGUGGAAAGGUUGGCUUACGUGUACGGGCUAUCAACAAGGGUGUGUUUGUACAGUAUGUACAUGCAAACUCUCCUGCUUCCUUGGGAGGGUUAAGAUUUGGCGAUCAGAUUUUGCAGAUCGAUGGUGAAACUUUGGCAGGCUAUAGUGGUGACAAGGUGAUGAAGAUUUUGAAGAAUGCAUCUGCACAGAGAAUUGUGUUUGCUCUUAGAGACAGGCCAUUUGAGCGAACAAUUGUUAUGCAGAAGGAUAGUAGUGGCCAUGUUGGAUUUGUGUUUAAAAAUGGUAAAAUCACUCAGAUUGCCAAGGAUACAUCUGCAGCAAGGAAUGGACUGUUGACAGAACAUAACCUUGUUGAAGUAAAUGGACAAAAUGUGGUUGGACUUAAGGAUAGUGACAUCAAAGCAAUCCUUGAGAAGGCAGGCCAGACUAUCACACUGACAAUCAUACCAACUUUCAUUUUUGAGCAUAUGGUGAAAUGUAUGGGCGAAGGACUGAUGAAGAAAACCAUGGACCACAGUAUUCCUGACUUGUAAGAAACUUGCACCACAUUCCAUGGAGGCCUCAAAGCAUCUACAAAGUAUAUAGAGUGGAUAUGUUGGGCAUUAGUUUUAAGUUAGCUACAGAUUAAAAAUUUUAAAAAAUUAAAAAAAAAAAAGGGAGAGAAAUCUUGUAAUGAUAGAUUUCUUUCAUUUGAUUGUUACUAUUAAAAGUAAAACUGGUUAGAAAAGAGCAAGAUUUUUAGUGCAGCAGUUACCAUAUCUCAAGUGCUAGUGUCAUGUGUUGAUACACUUGAAGAUCUUUGUUUUCAUAAUUGUUUACAUAAUGUUUUCUCUUCCCUGCCAAUCAGUUUGUGGAAAUUGAUGAAAAACAGUGGCAAGCAAGAUGG